GAAGGGUUUUGCGAAUGCGCCAACAUCUUUCGCGAUAAUGCGGGGGUGAAAAUCGUCUUUAAAGGCAGAGGGGGAGAAUUUCUAGCUGAAGAGCAACAGGCGAUUUCCUCCAGAUUAUCACAAACCACUCAUAUCAUCCCCCGUUUGUACCAAUAAAUUCGACAAACAAAAAUAAUAAUUUGAUGACAAGAGAAAUGGGACGCACCAUCUACAUUAUUCUAUUAAUUGCAGUUUGUGCGCUUUGGACUUUUGGUGAGGCACUUUCUUGCGAUCAAUGUGGCAGGGAAUGUAUGAAAAUUUGCGGAACUCGAGGAUUUCGGGCUUGUUGCUUCAACAAUUUAAAAAAGAGAGUGCCCGCUGUUGGACUUUGGGUUGAUCCUCCAAAACAAACAGGUCAUUUUCAUCUCAUUUAAUCACGAAAAAAGU